AAGUACGGGAGGAGGAGCUUAGUGUUUACCAAUGGGAGCUACAUGUCUCUUCAUCAGUUAUACGUGUAUUUUCAACUUAAUACAAACAAACGACUGGUGAAUUGUUCUUAAAAGUGUGUGAUGGCGGAUCCCGCGGUGGCAUCCGGAGGUUCACUGGCUGCCAGUGGGCGUGCAAGUAGCGGUAAGGCAGCCACCAGCCCGGUAGAGAACUACCAGCUGGCCAGACGACGCACCUUGCAAGUUGUUGUGAGCGCCCUCCUGACGGAGUGCGGCUUUGACUGUGCCGAGAAGGCAGCGGUGGAAACACUCACUGAGAUGAUGCAGAGUUAUAUAACAGAAAUUGGGCGCUGUGCUAAAUCGUAUUGCGAACACACGGCCAGAAGCAUCCCGACUCUUUCGGAUACUGUGGUGACGCUUAUCGAAAUGGGAUUCAAUAUUGACACACUGCCCGUAUAUGCUAAGCGUUCCCAGAGGAUGGUCAUAACUGCACCUCCGAUUACAAACCCACCUUUGACCCCCAAAGCACUGUCGGCUGGACAUAAGCGCACACAUCCGGCUCACAUCCCCAGCCACUUCCCAGAAUUCCCAGACCCUCACACCUACAUCAAAACACCAACAUUUCGAGAGCCUGUCUCAGAUUACCAGGUGGUGCGAGAGAAAGCCGCCACUCAGAGGAGAGACGUGGAGCGAGCACUCACGCGCUUUAUGGCCAAGACCAGCAAAACUCAGAGCCUCUUUAAGGAUGACAUCAGUGCCUUCCCAUUGAUUGCUGCACAGUCGAGCGCCAUUCCAUACCUCAGCGCCCUCCUGCCAUCUGAACUGGAAUUGCAGACUCUGGAAGAAACAGACUCGUCUGAGCAGGACGACCAGACAGACAGCGAGAAUGCAGCCGGGACCAUCAUUAGUGAUGACCUGGGUGUGGACAAAGAGAACGCCAUGCUUCCUCCAAGCGGCACCAUUCCCUCCACAAAAGGCAACGAGGACAACGUGAUUGACAACCCAUACUUGCGGCCAGUCAAGAAGCCCAAAGUGAGGAGGAAGAAAUGAACCAGUAUCUGGACAAACCUACAGACUUUUUGUCCCCACCUGCCCACUGGCCUGGCACAGCAAGCUGCCACUUCCUCGUGCCACUGGUCCACCCAGCUAUCUGUGUUCUGCUGAAGAGAACUGUGGUUUGAGCACUGUUUUCCUUGUAGAAGCACUCACUUGUUUAAAUCCUUCAUUUUUUAAUGACUUACUGUGUUUACACAAAGUGUUACAUCAGGUAUUCUGUGAAUAAAGAAAAGUAUGUUUUGUUUUUA